CUCCGCUCCUGGACCACCUCUUUCCUCCUCUCACCCUGGCAUUCAAGCCCCCAGUUUAGGCUCCCUUGGAGUUGUCAUGGAAACCGCGAGGCAAGACCAGGCAAAGCGGGUGGGACUAAGCGAAGGAGGGAGGGAGAGAGAAACCUCUAGAGUCUCUCCGCAAAGACUCGCUGUAGUGAUUAUAUUGUGGGAAGAAGCCAGCUCAAUGGAUUUACCACACUUAUAUCCAGACCCUGCUCACCUAAGGGGUUGUUUCCUCAGUUUCCCUCAGAAUGUCCUGCAAGAUAGUUCUAGGUUUCUCCAGUUAGAGACAGAACCGGGUGUGAGAGAAAACUGUACAAAGAUGGGAACCAAAAGGGUCAGAAAGACCCCCAGACAUUCAGCCUGGGCCUGCACUGCUGGCGAAAGAGGUAAGAAUCUGAAGGUGGCUGAAAGAGAGAAGGCACCUGUGGGGGUACACAGGGGCCUCUUUUCUCCAGGGUUAUAAGGAGCCGAAAUGCUUUGUCAGAUGGAAGCAAGCUGUAAUUGCGUGUUUGUGACAGGCCGGUUUGGAACACGUGCUUGUUGGGGGCUGAAGAGUUCUUGGUCCAGUCAGCAUUCAUAACCAUUCCUUAAAGCACCCCAUCUUCCCCCUCCUCCUGCCCCAAGAUGCAGAUCCACCCCCGGAGUCAACCCGAGACACAGCGGUGACUUCAAGUCUUUUUAUUUGCUUUUUGUGCCUUGCAAGCGCGUGGGUGGGGAGGUGGGGUGAGGAUAGGCCGUCUACAAAGAUUUCACCAGUUGAGCCUUUUUUUGCAGAAACCUAGCAGGAGAAUCAGAAAUACCCUACCCCUUUAGGGUUUUCCAACCCUCUCCUGAGACAGCUGCUCUAGGACAGAGCCCCUCCGGUGUGUCCCGGAGAGCAGUCUCCAAGCCCUGGCUUGAGCUCUUUCCAGGUCUGAGAAAUUUUAACAUCACAGCCUCAUACCGGCGGUUCUGGUUUUUCAAGCGUGUAUGGAUCAGAGGGAACCUUGGACCCAUCCCUCCCACACCAUCUUCAACACACGCUUUAUUAACUUUAGACGGAGCAAAGACCCUGAGUACAGGCCUCGAGUCUCCGGCAAGCUCAGAAAUCCUGCAAACUUAAUUUAAUUGCUAAGUAAAAGCACUGACGGAUAAAGGCUAUCCCGGGGCACUCCGGCGCGCGCAGGGGUCACAGGUAGGCCGGGUGGUGCCAGCGCCCGCCCGCAGCGCGGAGGAAGUCAGGCUGCCCUGGUAGGGUCUGUGUCGCCAGCAGCCCGCAGGGAUCUGAGGAGCAGACUGUUGGGGUCACUCAGGAUUGAAAGACUGGUGGAAAUCCUGUGGCGGGAGCAUGCCGGGGCUAUGGAGGCAGAGGCUUCCUUCGGCGUGGGCCUUGCUUCUCUUGCCCUUCCUGCCGCUGCUGAUGCCCGCGGCCCCCGCAGCCCACCGCGGGUCCUACAAGCCAGUGAUCGUGGUGCACGGGCUCUUUGACAGUUCAUACAGCUUCCGCCACCUGCUGGACUAUAUCAAUGAGACACACCCCGGGACUGUGGUGACAGUGCUUGAUCUCUUCGAUGGCAGAGAGAGCUUGCGGCCCCUGUGGGAACAGGUACAAGGGUUCCGAGAGGCUGUGGCCCCCAUCAUGGAAAAGGCCCCCGAAGGGGUGCACCUUCUCUGCUACUCCCAGGGAGGCCUGGUGUGCCGGGCUUUGCUGUCUGUCAUGGACGACCACAACGUGGAUUCUUUCAUCUCCCUCUCCUCUCCACAGAUGGGACAGUAUGGAGACACGGACUAUUUGAAGUGGCUGUUCCCUACCUCCAUGCGGUCUAACCUCUACCGGAUCUGCUAUAGUCCUUGGGGCCAGGAAUUUUCCAUUUGCAACUACUGGCAUGAUCCUCACCACGAUGACUUGUACCUCAAUGCCAGCAGUUUUCUGGCCCUCAUCAAUGGGGAGAGAGACCAUCCCAAUGCCACUGCAUGGCGGAAGAACUUCCUUCGUGUGGGCCGUCUGGUGCUGAUUGGGGGUCCUGAUGACGGGGUUAUCACUCCGUGGCAGUCGAGCUUCUUUGGUUUCUAUGAUGCCAACGAGACCGUCUUGGAGAUGGAGGAGCAGCCGGUGUAUCUUCGAGAUUCUUUUGGCUUGAAGACUCUCUUGGCCCGGGGGGCCAUAGUGAGAUGUCCCAUGGCUGGGAUCUCCCACACCACCUGGCACUCCAACCGCACGCUCUACGACACUUGCAUCGAACCGUGGCUCUCCUGAAAAUGUCCUCGGGGUCUCCAGGAAUUCCCCAGCCCAGAGAUCAAGUGGUGGCCUUGGGAAGCAGAUGCCAGGCUCUGGCAUGCCUGUGACCCCGUCGUUGCUCCCACACUGCCCCACCCCCACCAGGGCUCCGGGACCCUCCCCUCUGCCCCUCUUUGAAUGACAAGUCCUGGUCCCCUACCUCAUGUCCUCACUUGGGGACGUCUCCACGCUCUCCCUUUCUGCCACGGCUGAGGUUGGGAAGCACGCACCGGGUUUUUAACUGUGGCUUCAUUGCUGCUGCUGUUGCUUCUCCGGGUCUGGCUGUACCGGAGGGGAACCCAGCCCCUGCCCACCUCAGGGGCUUCCAGGCCACUCAGGACAUUUUUAGCUUCUGUUACCCCUGUGUCCCUCUUCUCAACUUCCCCUGUGGCCAGCCUCCCCACCAAGAGGGGCACCCGUAAGAGGGGGUUCUGAGGCUCCCCUAUGGGGACAGUUCCACUUUUGAAGUAUCAGUGUUGGGGAAUAUCUGUGGCCUGCAAGGCCCAUCUCAGGUUUGGGGAUCCCCCCAGUCCCUAUGAUCAGUGUUGGGGUAUCCCCUGGGAACCUAGGUUCUUUGAGGUCCCAGCCCCUCUUUUAACUGCCCUCUAGUGGGUGGUCCCUGUAUUUAUAGAAAUAAAAGUUCCAUUUCCGCA